AUGUAACAAAAAACUUCUCUCAUAAAGAGUUGAAAUUCGUGCAGGUUGACAACAAAAAAACAUUUUGCAAAAGUUCUGCUUUUUUAUAAAAAUCGGGAAUUAAAAAUUUUGGAGCAAAAUAGUUCGAAUAAUUCUCGUAAUAAAUUAGUGCAAAGUUGAAAAAAAAAUAUGAAGAGGCGAAAUGCCGAUUGUGGUAAAUUAAGACGCCCUGUUAAACGAAAUAGUAAAAUCGCGGAAGGAAUGUAUGGAAGCAAUACCCUUUUGUACAUUAAAUUUCUCGUUUUGUGGGCGAUUGUAAUCACAUGUGACUACAUGCUAGAGUUUCGUUUUGAAUUUUUGUGGCCAUUUUGGCUAUUACUACGUUCAGUGCACGACUCAUUCAAGUAUAAAGGAUUGGCAUUUUCCGUGAUGUUUGUUUGCAUUGCCAUUACGUCAGACCUUGUCUGUCUAUUUUUUAUACCUGUUCAUUGGCUGUUCUUCGCAGCGAGUACAUACGUCUGGGUGCAGUAUGGCAGGGAAGUAUGGCAUUCUGACAAGGGUAUUUGUCUACCCACAAUCUUCUUAUGGAUGCUGUUUGUAUAUUUGGAAGCAGCGAUUCGAUGGAAAGACAGUAGACACAUGCCACAUUUAGACUUGUGCAGACCAUUCGCUGCGCAUUGCAUCGGUUAUCCAGUGACUACAUUAGGCUUUGGCUUUAAGAGUUAUGUGGGAUAUCGAAUACGGCAGCGAAAGCAACGUGAAGUGGCUAAAGAGAACGAAUUUUAUAUGCAAUUACUGCAGCAGGCACUUCCGCAAGAGGAUGCCGCUGAUGACACAACACAGGCCGACUUCAGUGUGGAUCUGCAAAAAGAAUUGUCGAUCACGACGGCAUCAUCAGCCAACAAUAGUUUUAGCAAUCAUCAUAAAAAUGCUCAAAACAGUAGCAAAACAUUAAAUUUAAGUGGUAUGUCGAAUGGCAGUGCGGUAGUACAUGUGUCCACACCGAACGGUGUUCAACAAAAUUCGCAUAAAAAUUCGCACAGACGUAGUCUAGACAAAGAUCGAGGUGAUCGAGGCGGCGGCGGUGGCGGCGAUACGCCGAACAAUUCCGGUAGAGCACUGUCGUCCGAUUCGAAUGCUAUGUCCUCCAAAAUGUCAUAUCAUCAAAACCAUUCGUACAAGGAGUCAAACAAAUCGUCCAACAGUGAUAACAAAAGUGAUCGCGGCGAAAAAGAGACGAUUUCAUAUCGCAACAAAGAACAAUUCGAUAAAGAGAAACAAAAUUGUGGUUACGAUUUACAAAACAGUGUUACUAAGUCAGUAGAAUUUAAGACCAGUGUUAAUGGUAAACAUGCUUCCGGUACCGAUUCACCACAUUCGAAAAAUGAUGGCUCAAAAAUACACAAUAGUAAUAACAGUUUGAAUCAUAUGGACUAUAGUGUGGACAGUGAAAAAUCAUCCAUAUCAUUGCAAUCAAACGCAUCAACAUUGUCGUCGAACAAACCUCAUCUGAAUGGCGGAAUUGUAAAUUACGAUCACGAAAUCAACAAUGAAACGACGACUGAGGUCACCGAGAAGAUUAAAGGCCGUAAAAACCGCAUCAAACAAAAGGACGUCACAUCAAUUCCGAAAGACAAUCAUCACAACAAUUCGUCAUCUUCAUCAGCAACAGCAGCACCAGCAGCCGGUGGCCAAAAUGAUAUUGCUGAAAACCUGACAAGUUCAAAUACACAACAAACGCAACCGACUGUACCACAAAUUUGCGAAUCAUGUGUUCGACUGGAAUCGGAGGUGAAGAAAAUCAAAUCCGAUGUGAGCCACUACAAGCAAGUAGAAAACGAACUGAAACAAAAGAUUGAGUCGAAUUCGAAUGCAAAAUCCAGUUUGCAUGCUAAGCAGAAGGAGAACGAUGAACUGGACAAAAAAUUGCAAGAACUGUUGUCAACGCGACAAAUCGAUCGACAGAGUAUACAGAAUUGUGAACGCAGAAUAACCGAGGAACGUCGACAGCGACAGACGUUGGAAUCUCAACUGAAUUCAGAGCGGAAACAAAGGAAAUUGGUGGAAGAGAAGUUAAGAACGGAGUGUGGAGAGGCCUGUAAGCAAAGAAAACUUCAACUCGAGGCUGAAUGUAAGCAGCUUCGUCGUGAGUUACUACUCUCCGAUGAUUGCAAGAAAUCAAUCGAACAGCAAAACCGAAACUAUGAACAAGAGCUACGACAGUAUGAAGCUAAAUUUCAUAACCGCGAAGGAAGGGAGGUGUUAAUAACCGCUUUGCAAUCGAUGCAAGAGAAGAACUCAACGCUCGAGAAAAAUUUGUCGGCUGAAACCCGUGUGAAGCUGGAUCUAUUUUCAGCUCUGGGGGAAGCCAAGCGACAGCUGGAAAUCAGAGACAAUAUGAUUCGCAGCAAGGACAAAGAAGUGAUCGAGCUCAAGGCGAAAAUUGCCCAAUUGCUAGCGGUCAUGCCCUCCGUACCAUCCGAGUCAUUUUGUUUGCCGCCAUGUUCAUCAACAGGUAGUUCAAUGUUGCGCUUAAAUGAUUCACCAUCUUUGCAAGGUCCGUCAAGUCCAAUGUCCCACAAACGUCUCGGCGGUUCGCCACUCAUAAGCCAACUGCAAAGUCUCGGCGUAUUCACGUCCUCGUCUUCGAACCAAGCGCUGUCUCAAUCGUCCGUGGUCGUACCACACAGUGGGGGUCAAUCUGCACUAAUGAAUCAAGGGCAAAAUAAUAAUAGCGCCUCCAAUCUCGAUCCGAAUGCAACGGUUUAUACGCCGAAAAAUUUAGUCAAUGGCACAGAGGCCUGACUAUCCAUUCAGAGUGACUGGUACCAGCCGUGAUGAACAAAAUUUGAUCCAAUAUUUACAUAUAUACAAUAUAUAAAAAAGAAAAGAACAAAAAACCGGCUCUGCCGCCACCGCCCGCCCCGGCUGCAUACUCAAAUUGUUUAUUUUUAAUUUAUUGACGAUGUUUUGAGUGAGAUUUUUUUUUGUUUUUCAACUUAAAUUAUUUUGAUUUUUAUAAAAUGAACGAUCUAUUGAGUAUACAAAAUAAUAAGCGCACCCGCGUGUGGUGUUUUCAUAAUUU